GGGAGGUGGCCGGCCGGGACUGGGCAGGAAGCCGGCCGCAGCUCCCGCCAGUGCCGAAGAACCUUCCUUCCUCCUCCUCCUUUACCUUUCCGCCUCUUCCCAUCUCCCUCAGCUCCGGUCGCAGACACCGUUACUUCUUGUUUCACCAGUGACAGCAAGAGACAGGGUGACAUGAGAGAUUCGACUGCACCCUGCCCUGGACAGCUUACAGAUAGAAGAAUUAACCCGUAAAGAGACUGAAGUGGGUUUCAGGAUGGCAAAAGAAGACCUCCCGAGUACCUCAAAGGACUUGCAGGAACUGCAGAGGAAGCUGUCUUUGCUGAUUGAGUCUAUCCAAAAUAACUCAAAGGUGGUUGCCUUUAUGAAGUCUCCGGUGGGUCAGUACCUGGACAGGCAUCCUUUUCUGGCCCUCACUAUGCUGGUGUUUGUUGCUGUGUCGGCCAUUCCUGUUGGAUUCUUCCUGCUCCUUGUGGUGCUUACCUCCCUGGCUGCUCUUGUGGGAGUCAUUUUACUGGAAGGACUGGUCAUCUCUGUGGGUGGCCUCUCACUGCUUUGUGUCCUCUGUGGCUUGAGCUUUGUGUCACUCGUCAUGUCGGGGACAAUCAUGGUGUCCUACGUGAUGGUCUCCAGCCUUGUCAACUACUGGUUUUCUCCCAGCUUUGCCGGAAGGCUACUUCACCAACAACCUGAUCUGCCUGGAGAGCAAUAUCUGGCUGGGCUUAGGUGGCCAGGAAAAAUGUCCACUCGCUACCACCAAGCUGCUAGUGAUAGCUACUUAGAACUUUUGAAAGAGGCUACCAAGAGAGAUCUGAAUCUUUCUGAUGAAGAUGGCAUGACUCCCACACUCCUGGCAGCUUACCAUGGGAAUUUGGAAGCCCUAGAAAUAAUCUGCAGCAGAGGAGGGGACCCUAAUAGAUGUGACAUCUGGGGAAAUACUCCCUUGCAUUAUGCAGCCUCCAAUGGUCAUACCCACUGUGUUUCAUUCCUGGUCAACUUUGGUGCCAACAUCUUUGCCCUGGACAACAACUUACAGUCUCCACUGGAUGCUGCUGCUAGCAGAGAGCAGAAUGAAUGUGUUGCUCUCCUGGAUAAGGCUGCCACUGCCCAGAACAUCAUGAGCCCCAAGAAAGUUAGCAGGCUGAAGGAGCAAGCUCAGAAGAAUGCCAGGAGGCAGAUCAAAGAGUGCGAGAGGCUCCAAGAGAAGCACCAACACAAGAUGGCUCGCACCUAUAGCAAGGAGGAAUCUGGGACUCUUUCUUCUUCCAAGGCUACUUUCUCCAGGUCAUCCCUUUCAAAUGCUUCUGCUUCUGGUACAUUUGGGUCAGCAACUAAGGGCAUUAAAGACACCUUCAAGAUAAAGUUCAAGAAGAACAAAGGUACAGAAGAGCUGGUAGGGAAGGAGAGCAGAAGUGGGCAGAGGAAUGUGAUGGAAGUGUUCAGAGAAGAGGAGGAAGACACAUUCUCCCAGGACUUCAAAGAGAAGCUCCAUUUCUCAGCAAAGGAGGACGGAGGUGUGCAGCACGAGUCCAUUCUUAACCGUCCGGGUCUAGGCAAUAUUGUUUUUAGAAAGAACAGAAUAUUAAGUCCCGAAGACCUCUCAGACAGCAAGAGGGUGUUGGGAUUUCAGAUGCACAGUGAAUUGCUUCAGAGACAAGGAGCAGCAGAGGCUGAGGAAGCUGAGGCUAACAACGAGGGAGUGGAAAACAGCCAUGAAGAUGAUUUGCCUUGGGAUGAGGAUGAAGUGGAGUGGGAGGAAGAUGUGGUUGAUGCUACUCCUCUGGAAGUAUUUUUGCAGUCCCACCACCUGGAAGAAUUCCUUCCUAUUUUCAUGAGAGAGCAGAUUGAUCUAGAAGCUCUGUUACUUUGCUCUGAUGAGGAUCUUCAGAGUAUACAAAUGCAGCUUGGUCCCAGGAAGAAAGUUCUUAAUGCUAUAAAUGGAAGGAAGCAGGUGCUACAACAGCCUGGGCAACUGAUUGACACCAGUCUCUGAUGGAUUAUUGGGUCCACAGGGUGAAUCUGCAGCAAUGGGGCAAUGCUGUGGCCCACUGGAAACCCUCCAGUCAACACCCUCUGUAUGCCCAAUGCCAGGCCACUGGGAAUUGUUGCUAGGGUUUUGGAAAUGCGCUCCUAAGAAAGAGGCCCAGACUGUAGUCUGAGAAAUAUUCUGUACCUGUCCAAAAAAACCACCAGUGACCAACUCAAAGAGAUCUGGGAAUACAAGAAUGCAAUUUUCUCUCCAAUUAUCUUUUUGAUAUUUUUGAAUAUAGAAAGGGUUAAAUGAAUGGCAGACAAGGGAAAAUCUCUUUAAUUUUCCAACUCUGAACUUAAAAAUUAUAAUCUCUUGUCACACAAGUGUGCUGCUUACUUUCUCAUCCUUAGAGCCUGGGGAUUCCAACUCCAGUUCUGUCCUGAGCUCUAUGACUUUGUCUGUUGGAAGAGAUUUGAAUUCUUCCAUUGGUCUGAGGCUUUAUGUCCAACUUAAAUGUGUUUAACCCCUCAACAGAUGUUUACAUGUUUAUAAGUAAUGGAAAUGGGUUUAUAAUAUUCCUGCCUGGGAACAGAGGCAGAGCAGCAUGUAGGGAGAGUGAAGAAAGAAAUAGAAUACCGGGUACCUGAUGUAAUAUGAAUCGUAUCUCCCUAAAAUUUGUAUGUUGAAGCUUUAUGCCUCAACAUAACUGUAUUUGGAGAUCAGACCAUUAGGGAGGUGAUUAAAGUUAAAUGAUGUCAUAAGGGACACAGAUGGAUGGUGUCCUUAUAAGAAGAGACACUCAGGGUUGCACACACACACACAGAAGAGGCCACAUGGGGACACAGCAAGAAAACAGUCAUCUGCAAGCCAAAGACAGAUGCUUCAGGAAAAACCAAACCUUCCAAUACUUUGAUCUUGCACUUCCAGUCUUCAGAGCUGUAAGAAAAUAAAUUUCUGUUGUUUAAACCA